CUCCUCCUUCCCUCCCUGUGCUUUCCUGCUCCUCUCGCAGUGGCGCAGUGCCGCUCAGCUCGCUGCCCCGCGUGCAGCGCUCGCCUCAACACACUUCACAGAAGAGAGAGAGAGAGAGAGAGGGAGAGAGAGGAGGCGGCCAUAUCCUGGCACCGCCGCAAGAAGCCAACCGGCGGGCGAGGCGAGGAAGAAGAAGAAGCAGAGGAAACGGCGAAAGGAAAGCUCUUUUCUGGUAGGAUCAUUGCGGCACACUGGUGGUGUGAGUUGGGAGGGAGGAAGGAGAGGAAUACGCCGGAAAAGGAUCGUCUUCUUCACGGGAGGAGUAACAAGGAGGAGUGGGAUUUGGUAAUGUGCUUUAGAAUCAACAGCAAUGGCUUCGCUAGUACCUGGGGUCCUUCUCAAGCUCCUUCAGCACAUGAACAGCGAUGUUAAAGUUGCUGGCGAGCACCGUUCAUCCCUUCUUCAGGUGGUCAGCAUUGUUCCAGCGCUUGCCGGGAGUGAUCUUUUCACCAACCAGGGCUUCUAUCUCAAGGUGUCUGAUUCAUCGCAUGCAACAUAUGUUUCCUUACCAGAGGAGCAGCAUGAUCUCAUAUUGAGCGACACAAUUCAGUUGGGACAGUUCAUCCAUGUAGACCGUCUUGAGGCAGCCACUCCGGUGCCAAUCUUAAGGGGAGUCAGGCCAGUUCCAGGUCGGCACGCUUGUGUUGGAAAUCCAGAGGAUCUUGUGGUGACUAACUCCACUUUUCUUGGAAGCAAGAAGGCGCAGCAAUCCAUCAAUGGAUCAAAGGAUUCCAGUACUUUAUCACUAGAAAAAGAGCAGAGCAAAUUGGAGAAACUUAAACCUUUAGUAAAGAACAAUGGGACAGAAAUCAAGAAACCGCAGCUGACCAAAUCAAACUCCUCUCUGUCAAAACAAGCAUUGAAUAGCAUUAUAGACAAGAAGGAAGUAGUCAGCUCAAAGGCAAAGCCCACCAAUGCUAGGUCGACACCUUCUUCUCCGACCAGUGUUUAUUCUCUACCGGCAUCAUUUGAGAGAUUCUCAAAUGACAUAAAGCAGAGAACAAAAACAAAAGGAGCAGACAAGUCAUCACCUUCUAGGCUAUCCUUGUUAGAGAAAGCUGCUUCUGUUUUGAAGGCUACAACAGCAGGGAGGAAGUCCUCUGCUGGUAACUUGCUUAGUAGCACCGUGUUAAGUAUUGAAUCUGGACCAAAGGCCCUGAGAAGAAGCUGGGAAGGGAAAGCGGAUGCAAAGAACAAAGGGAAUUCAGAUUCAAAGGCAGCCAAAGCUGACAAAAAGUCUGAGAACAGAAGCACAUCGACUCCAAGACGCAAACCACUGACAGAAGAGAAGCCGUUGCAUAAGGAUGACAGUAAGAUUCAGACUCCUCCAAGGAAGAGCUCAGCAAGUGCUCCUUCAGAUGAUUCUGAUAAAAUAGUGAAUAAGCCUUCUUCUCCAAUGAGGAGGACAUCUGGAGUUUUAAGCAACCCGAAUAUUACAAAUCUAGUGAAGAUUGCUUCAAGCAACAAAAGGUUGACAGAUUCUAGCACUUCAUGGACAGCGCUUCCGCCUUCACUUGCUAAGUUAGGGAAGGAGCUUCUUAAGUACAGGGAUGCAGCACAAAUGGCUGCUGUUGAAGCUAUACAGGAAGCUUCUGCUGCAGAAAACUUGCUCCGAUGUUUAAGCUCGUACGCGGAGGUGAGCUCGACGGCGGAGGAGCAGAACCCGCAGCCGGCGGUGGAGCAGUUCCUGGCUCUGCAUGCAGCUAUGUCCCGCGCCACCGUCGUGGCCGACUCGCUGACCAAGGCUGCAGCGACCUCUACGGCGACAUCACCGGACCGAUCAACAGUCAGUGAAGCCGCAGCCGUCGAUGAGGAGUCCCUUGCCGUCGCGGCGGAGCGCCGCCGCCGGGCAGCCUCCUGGGUGGGCGCGGGGCUCGCCACCGAUCUCUCCGCCUUCUCCCUCUACAAUCUCAAGCCGCACCCCGCCAGCGUCGCCUCCCCGCUGGCCGUCGUGCUCGUCGACGAGUCGGUGAAACCGGCGGCAGCGAAAGCCUCGCCGCCGGUGAAGUCGCGGCUGUCUCCGGCCAAGGCCAAGGGGAGGGUUGGGCCCGUCUCUGCGGCCGUGGCGGCGCCGCAGCCUCCGCCGGAGUGGGAGAGGGGAGGCGGCGCCGAGGAGAGGGGCGAGCUGGCGAGGCGGCUCGGGGAGGAGGCGAGAGGGUGGUUCCUGGCGUUCGUCGAGCGGUUCCUCGACGCCGACGUGGCCGCCGCCGCGCCGUGGGACCGCGACCGGGCGGCCAGGAUGCUCCCGCAGCUGAAGCGCGUCAACGACUGGCUCAGCGAGAUAGCGAAGCCCACGGAGCCGCCGCCGCCAUCCGACGCGGACAGUGACGAGACCUGCGGCGCACCUGCCGUUGCGAACGGCGUUGGCAGCACCGUGCCGGAGGAGACGAUAGAGCGGCUGAGGAAGAAGAUCUACGAGUACCUCCUCACCAACGUCGACUCGGCCGCCUCCGUGCUGGGCGGCGCCGGCGAGGUGGCACCGGCAGCGAACGGCAAGAGAGUCUAAGCGGCAUGGGCCGUUAGAUCUCGCACGAAUCACGAGGCCAGGAGCGGGGAGGCUUAACUGGGCUCGCAACUGGGCCGAGUUGGGCUGCUUCCGAGUUCUAUCUAAAAUUUCUGCAUUAUUAUUAUCUAAAAUUCUAACAUGCAAAAUUGGUGCAGAAAACUAAAAUUUGAAAGGUGGUAACUUGUGAAUUGUGAAUUUGUAUACAGUAAUGCAGAUAAUUGUUUCUGUUGUUGAAAUGACAAAAUGAAAUGUAGUGCAGUUGUCAAA